AGCCAGAGGAGGCUCAGGGUACCGGGUGAGCGGGAGGGACCCCGCUAAGCUGAGAAGUCCCGUCAUCACCACCUGCCUCUCACACACGCAUCUCCCAGCACGGACCUGCCCCGGAAGAGAUCUCUGCUCCAGGUGCCUCUGCAGGAGGGAAGUGGGACACCAACCCCCCCCUCCGCCCCCAUCCGUUGCCUCGCCUGCACCAUGUUUGUCACAGUGAUGUUUGGAGCUGGCUGCAGGGAGCUGGUGAACCCUUGGUGCAACCUGGUGACUCUCAAAACCCACCUGAAGCGGAGAGGGCAGGUGCCCCCAGAUGCGACCAUCGCCCUCCUGGCCGAGGAUGGGCAGCUGGUGAGCCUGAGCCAGGGGCUGGAGGAAGGUGCAUCCCAGGCCCCCACCAUGGGCAGCUCCCUGCUGCAGGAACGGGGGACUUAUGUCCUUGUGCAGGUCAUCAUGGGGGAGGGAGGGGCACCCACCCGCUACGAGUCCCUGCUGGAGAACCUGGAGGACAGCCACCCGGAGCUGGCAGAGGAGCUGCGCUGGCUGUCGGGGCUGCCCUCCCUGGGGGAGGCUCGGAGGAGGCGUGCUGGUGCUCGGCGAGGCCACCAGGAGCAAGGUCCCCCCUCACGGUCCCGAAGGAUGGGUUCCCUGCCACCCAAGGCCCGGUAGCUGCGGCCAGAGGCCAGAAGGCCUCGUGACCUGGCACCCUGUGCCAAGUGGCAGAGCUGGACUCACAUCCACCAGGGCUGACCGUGAACUCUGCCUCCGACCCGGCCCACGCAAACACUGUGCCAGCAGCGCUCCUCUUGCAGAAUCUGGACUUACGAAGAAGUUGCAUCAGCAAGACAGACAAGGUCACAGCCGUGACCUUAGACAAGCCUUGUGGUUGUGAGGGCAGCGGGGGACUUCCCCCAGAGGAUGGAAAGCGGAGGCAGAGAGCAGAAGGGGAGAUAAGUGUGCCUGAGACUCCGGCCCCCAGUCCCGAGACCUUGGGGUCAAUUAUAGCAGAGACCCCCCCCUCACUACCCAGAGCACCCGCUUCAGGGGGGCCUCCCCCCCACCCCCGUACCAGCCAACCCAG